UUCAUUUCACCACCUACUUCAUCUCAGCAGAUCGCAGGGCCAUUUCGAAGAUGGCAGCAUACCGGUCAACCGUCUGCGCAGCAGUGCUGCUCGCACUGCUGGCGCUUCCAAGCUCGCUCGCGGCGUCCAGUGUCGUCACGGAUUGGCUGGUUGUUGCGCAGUCUACUGUCAUCGCCACAGUUGUGGAUCAUCAGCCCGCGGCGCGGCUCUAUGCGGAUGUCGCAUCUGCCCAGUAUGACGCCAUCAAGAUUGUGCGCGACUAUAAGAAGGCUAAGCUGAGCGAGGAGGCCGCUGUGGCCUACGCCAGCCACUCGGUCCUCAGCACCUUCUUCCACUGGCGCCAGAGCACCAUCUACGACAUCAUCCUGCAGCAGCAGCUGGACAAGUGGGGCAUCAGCGACAGCCAGGUGCCGCUCUACAAGAAGCUGAUCGUGCCCACCAUCCAGGCCCGCCUGCAGAAGCGCAUUGGUGACAAUUUCAGCAUCUAUGCCAACUUCCGCCCAGCCGGCAACGGCACUGCCAAUUGGGGCAAGUACCAGUACACCCCCGGCCAGACCUCCGCCCGCUACCCCCAGCUGGCGUACACCACGGCCAACUACCUGAGCGCCGCCGACGUGGAUGAGGUCACCAAGGAGUUCAAGCGCUUCCAGCUGGAUGACCCCGAGUACGCCCGCCAGCUGCAACAGAGCAAGGACUACGGCUCGGUGAACUCCACCGUCCGCAGCGCCUACGACUCCAACUCCCCCCGCUUCUGGGCCCUGGGUGGCGGCACUGCCACGGUUGCUGGCCUCUACGUCAACAUCUCCAUCGCCGUCAUCCCCGACAGCACCCCCCUCAUCCACCAGGCCCGGUUCUUCAAGCUGCUGGGCUCUUCGUUCUUUGACGCCGCCGUGGCUUGCUUUCGUAUCAAGUACCGGGAGCUCUUCUGGCGCCCCAUCACCGCCAUCCGCACCACCCAUGGCGUCGGCACCGCUGACCCCACCUGGACGCCGCUGCUGGCCACCCCCGCCCACCCCGAGUACCCCUCCGGCCACCAGUGCAGCUCGGGCGCCUGGACUGCCAUCAACGAGGCAUACUUCGGCGCCCUGGGCCCCCUGAACGUCACCAGCUACGGCGCCCUGGACAUCUCGCCCCGCACCUUCCCCAGCUUCCGCUCCGCUGCCGUCGAGUGCGGUGACAGCCGCCUGUACGCUGGUGUCCACUUCAACAAGUCCAACGUUGACGGAUUCAAUCUCGGCUACAAGGUGGCGCAGCACAUCCACACCAAGUACUUCGCCGGCAAGACCUUCGUGGACAGCAUUUAAAGAGUUGCAUACUAUACUCUUGCUGCAGCCAUGGAUAAGACUCAGGCUAUAGGGCGGUUGGGCGCUGCGUGGCAGCUCGGCAGGAUGUGGCGGGGUUUUGCACAUAGCAAGGGCCGGGCCAGGGGUGUUCCGUGCCCCUGAUCAGGCGGUCCAUGUAUGUGGGCUUGUACACUGCGAAGAUCAAAGCACAUGUAUAUGAUGUCAUAAUCAAGCAUUAUUCUCAUAUGUAGCCGUCUGUGUGGGGCUCGGCCCCUUCGGACCCUCGGACUGGCCCCUCCCGUUUGCUGUCGUGACCUGGCGUGUGACCGUGCAUAUCGUGUGACUGAGUGAUUUGGGUGCGGUUUUGGCGUGUGGGAAUAGGGGAACGUGCCCGAGGUUGGUUGGCCCGACACGGUGUAUUGCAUGGGAGGCCGGAGUACGGGUGAUCCGAGAGAGGAUAUAGGUUGCGUCUGAGAGCGGCUGGAGCCGUCUCUCAUUCCGAUCCUAGGCGAGAUAGUCUUUGACCGUUCUAUAUGAGGGACGGACCCGUCCUAGUGGACGUUAAAAUCUUUGGCAACAUGUAAGCCGGAACGUGA